AUGGAUGUUGACAGAAUGGACGUGGCGACCAAACAAAAUAUCAACGUGGAGGUCCACGUUAAAUCUUUCAGCACUGCAAAACUCUCUGAGGUAAAGAUGCACGUCCAGGCUCUACUGAAUCGCCACAGCAUGGUUUUUGGAAACUACAGGUGGACAGAGUUUGAUGAGGAGUUCCUGCAGAGGCAUGUGGAGUCAGUGGCCAUAGUUGAUCUGGAGGAAAUGAUCACACAGCCCCUUGAUUUAAAGAGCUGCUCAGUCUUCAUUCACGUCUUCACUCUGAACGAUGAAGGGCCCAGCAUGCUCAGUUUAGAGGAGGAUGAGGAGCUCUCAGCAGCAAGUCAUUGGCUCCUGCCAACAGCCGAAUUUCACGGGAUCUGGGAAAGUCUUGUUUACGAGACUGGAGUGAAAACCAAGCUCCUGGAUUAUGUGACGACAACGAUGUACUUCUCGGACAAAAACGUUGACAACAACCUGAUUUCGUGGAACCGUGUCGUGCUGCUUCACGGACCCCCGGGCACGGGGAAAACAUCGCUGUGCAAAGCUCUCGCCCAGAAACUGUCAAUCAGACUGUCGAAUCGGUAUUCGUACGGGCAGUUUGUGGAGAUAAACAGUCACAGUUUGUUCUCAAAGUGGUUUUCAGAGAGCGGUAAGCUGGUCACAAAGAUGUUCCAGAAGAUCCAGCAGCUGAUCGUUGACAAAGACGCUCUCGUGUUUGUUCUGAUUGAUGAGGUGGAGAGUCUGACGGCAGCGAGGAACGCCUGUCAGGCAGGAACAGAGCCUUCUGACGCCAUUCGAGUGGUCAACUCCGUCCUCACUCAGCUGGAUCAGAUCAAACAGCAUUCCAACGUGGUCAUCCUGACAACGUCCAACGUGACAGAGAAGAUCGACUUGGCGUUUGUGGACAGAGCAGACAUCAAGCAGUACAUCGGACCUCCGUCGGAAAAAGGCAUCUAUAACAUCUACCUCUCGUGUCUCGAGGAGCUGAUGAAGUGUCAGAUCGUUUACCCCCGGCAGCAGCUGUUCACCAUGUACGAGCUGGAGACGAUGGGCUUCGCUGACAGCGAGGUGUCCGAGCACAGUCUGAGGCUGAGGGCCAUCGCUCAGAAAAGCAAAGGUUUGAGCGGAAGAGCACUCCGGAAGUUACCAUUUCUAGCUCAUGCACUUUUCGUAAAGACACCAACGGUAAGCCUCAAGGGUUUUCUGGACGCCAUGAGCCGAACGGUGGAGAAACAGAAGGAGGAAAAUAACGAUCUGAUCAACUACGUGUGA